AGACGUACAUACCGGUAAGUGCUUAGCGCGGCUGUUUGUUCUGUCAACAAAACUAUUUUCAAGGCAAGAAUCAAUCAGCUGGUCGUCCUUCUCUACUGACUCUAGCUCUUCUUCUCGCACCGACCGACACUCGUGUGCUUCCACUCAGGGAAUAGACGUAGUAUUAGUGUAACAGCAGCCUGACCUUCACUGCCACCAACCAUAGUUCACCACAAAGUCCUUGGCGGCUAGCGUCAGCCAGAUCCGCAGCAGCCGGUGUUUGAACGCACUGGGCGGUGUUCGCUUCAUUUGCAGAACAAGGAUUUCGGUGGUCGGUUUCUUCGGAACACUUUCCAUUCCGGAGCCGAAGUCGCGGAAAGCGACCUUGAACGUGCGAACUGUGAUACAAGCCCUGGUGGUGGCGGCAUUGAUCACGGUCACUCACAGUUGCUCGGCCGGCGGCCGGCUGCCGCCGUGCACACCCGAUCGUCGAUAUCCAUGGGAGUGACACGUUCAUCUCGCUCAUUGAUAUUGUCCGAUAAUGCAACAAGCGGAUGAUGCAGCGGAGGACGAGGAUCCGACGAAAGCGGAACAAGCUCCCCAGCGCCGCGCGAGCGCAGUACCGCUAUCUUCGCCCACGGGCUCUGGUAGCCCGGCGGCUUCCAUUCGUUCUCGACGAUCUCUGAUUUCGUCGCUGCGCUCCAAAUCCAGCAGUAGUAGUACAACGAGUACGAGUGGCGGUAUCACUGAGGAUCAGCGGUUUCAUCGCUGGUGCAAGGAGGGAAAGCUGAAUAAAGUGUCUGACGCGUUGAAUAAAGGCGGUAAUGUGGAUGGCUUGCUGAAGAAACGUGUUGGUGUGUAUGGGUACACGCCACUGCACGAAGCAGCCAGCUAUGGACACGAUGAAAUACUAAAGCUGCUGGUGAUGUUCGGAGGGGAUGUGAACUGCAAGGCUAACAGUGGAUAUACACCGCUGCAUCUGGCUGCUAGCAGCGGCCGUACCAAGUGCGUGCAGCGGCUGCUUCGCGCCAAGGCGGACUUCUUUCAGCAGGAUGGCUAUGGGAAGACAGCACUACAGACUGCAGAGCUCGGUGGUAAAACGGACGUCAUCAAGAUCCUGCGAUCCGCUGAGGUGAUUUAUGCAGCUGAGCGCAAUGCGGACAACCUGGGCUUGAUACUGCAAGGUCUGCGCAAGGAAGACGUGGAGGAGAACACGUUCAACAACGGCCUGAACGUCUGUGCUACCUACGGGUAUCUGGAGGGCGCAGCCAAGUUCAUCAUCAAGGGUGCCACGAACUACGAUCACUGUGUCGAGACGGCGGUGAAGUUUCGCCACUACAAUGUAGCUGCUCUUCUCCUACUUUGUGAUGCGGCGUCCACCGGUGACGUGCAUUGCAUUCGCAGUCUGUUCAACCGGAAUGCCGAGGCGCCACCCGCAGAACCGGAGAAUGCGACGGAGACAGCGGCCCCUGCGGCUAGCUCUCCGCUGACCCGCGCCAAGGAGCUGUUCACGCGCACGUCACCGCGCGGCCGCAGCAAGGCCGUCAGCACCACGCUGAGCAGGCCGCGGGCGCAGCCGGCUCGCCAGUCAAUCGGCAUGGCGGAGCCACACAUCACGCACAUCCGACGCAUUCUCCUGGACGGUUGUGUGAAGACUGUACACGUAAUCAAUGUGGCGCUGCGUGCCAAUGAAAAACUGGCUGCCCUGGAGCUACUACUGAACACGGACUGCAAUCGCGACAAUGGAAACGUCGACUGGCAUGGACUGGCGCUGAGGCACAUUGAUCCCAUGUGGCUGCAAGCUAUCAAAUGGGCCAAGCGUCUUUUCUUAGCCUCCAAUGGCCUCACCAAGAUGCCGACGCAGGUGAUCAAGUGCACGGGACUGCAGAGACUGGAUCUGUGCCGGAACGCGCUGCAAGCCAUCCCGCAGGAGGUCGUGCAGCUACCGAUGCUGCGGAAUCUCAACCUGUCGCGUAACCAGCUGCGCGAGCUGCCCGAGUGCUCCUGGACAAGCAGUAUGGCAAUACUGGACGUCAGCGCGAAUGAGCUGAACCUGUUGCCCCGUGGCAUACAGCAGACGCAGAUGCUGAGCUUGAACAUCCGCAACAAUCGCUUUGUGGAGGUGCCGGAAACAAUCUGCAACCUCACCCCACUGCAGAACUUGAACAUCAGCCAUAACCCAAAGAUCCUUGUAUUGCCCAACAUCAUGGGCCGACUCAGCAACCUAAUGGACCUGAAGCUAAGUGGGAAUGAGAUUUCUGACCCUCCACCCGAGUACCUGCAGGCGCCGCGGAAGUGCAUCCUGUACCUCCGCCAGCGAUUGCGUGGAUGCGAGCCGUACUACAGAAUGAAACUGAUGGUCGUCGGCUUUGCUGGGAGAGGAAAGACAACACUGGUGGCUCGUCUGCGUGGCCAAACUGCCGACAACCUGUCCACCGUGGGUAUUGCUCUGAACGAGUGGCAAUACCGACCAACGAUGAGCCAUACAAAGUUCACUUUCAACAUCUGGGACUUUGGCGGCCAGGAGGUGUACUACGCAACACACCAGUGCUUCAUGACCAAGCGCUCGCUCUACCUCGUUCUCUUCAAUAUCAUGCACGGCAAAGAAGGCAUCGAAGAGCUGCGCACCUGGCUUGAUAACAUCGUCGCUAAGGCUGGCAGAUCGAUCAUCAUUAUUGUGGCUACGCACAAGGAUAAGGUGACGCCGGAGAUGGAGGCAGCGAAUUACGCAACAGAGAUGUUGGAGGCAGCCAGCAAUCUGACUGACCUGCCGCAGUACUGUGAGCUCAAUGUGUUCAUCACAAGUAUCAGCAAUGCCGACACACCAGCCGGCAUUCACAGCGUAGAGUACCUGAAGAAUCUUAUCUACGACAAGGCCGAGCAGUACGAGCUUCGGUCUGGCAAGGUGAUGGGCGAACGGAUUCCUGCCAGCUACUUUCGCCUUGAUCGUGCCAUCAAUGAGAAGCGUGCCGAGUUGGAGGCCAAGGAAGCUCCCCAGAUCAUUCGUCACGAAGAGCUGAAGGCUAUCAUCGAGGACCGUGGCAUUACGGACAUCGAUAACGACGAGGAGCUUAAGUAUGCCGCUGAGUUCUUGCACAAUGUUGGCACGUUACUGCACUAUGAUGAUUCCGCCUCCGGUCUCUGUGACCUCUACUUCACUGACCCCAGCUGGCUGAGCGACAUGAUGGCCAAGGUGGUCACUGUACGCGAGCGGAACCCAUACAUGUCUGCAGGCAUUCUGCUGAGAAGCGACGUGCCCCAGCUGUUCCGUGACAAGCGCUUUCCCAAGCAGCUCUUCGACCAGUACCUGAGCUUGCUGGCCAGGUUUGAGAUUGCACUGCCGCUGGACAGUGAGAGAAUCAUGAUCCCGUCAAUGCUACCGGAGGAGGCCCCGGCACUGGUGCAGGAGUUCAACACCAAUGUGCACGAGCCAGAACUGGUACUACGCCGACACCACAAGGUCAUCGGCAUACCGGCAGGAUUCUGGUCUCGUCUGAUCUCGCGACUCAUCUACACGCUGCGUGAAGUGAUCGAGAAGUUUGGCAUCCUGUCAGACAAAUGGCACGACUUGCCUAAAGGAGCAUCGGCAGACAGCAAGCCUGUUCCCGGAGCGGCAACACCGACUACACAGCGCACACUCAUGGACGCGUCCGACAACAGUGAUGCCAAUCUUGAGCAUGCUAGCUCUGACCAGAGUGAGGAGGAGGCAAGCCAGGACAGCCGUGCAAGUAGCAGGGCGAAACGGGCGAUCACCAUUUGGCGUCAAGGCGUGCUGUUUGCUCACCCAGAACUGUUCUUCUGUGUUCGUCCAUAUGCAAGCACGCGCCCGAAAUACAGCGGCAUUGAGACGAUGACAUCAGUUGGCUUUAAGGGUCGUCACGUGCUUGGUCUCAUUAUCGAUCAUAUCAACAAGCUGGCGCAAGAAUGGUAUCCUGGUCUCGAGGACAACACGUUCACCGGGGAGCCAAUGAUGGAGAUGAUCAUACCGUGCACCAUGUGCACGCAGCUAGGGCACACCUACCCGCAUCUCUUUUCCUACGAAGAGUGCUCGCGAGCAGCUCGUACAGGCAGGGUCAUCACGUGCCCACGCCACAAGGAUACCGACUCACCGCUGGAAAACCUUGUCCCCGAGCUACUGCUGCUUGACCUGCCCGAGCAGUUCCUUCUCAAGGAGAACGACGUGGCAUGUACACGCGACGAGGACAGUCGGCUGGGCACGGGCGGCUUCGGUACGGUGUAUCGAGGAGAGGUCGGCGAUCUAUCAGUUGCCAUCAAAACGUUCAAUGAGCAGGAAGGAGAAUCAGGUGCUGUCUUCAAGGAGAUCAGACAAGAGGUGGCAAUACUGAAGCGAAUCUACCACCGUCACCUUGUUGGCCUGGUCGGAGUCACACUGCAGCCACUGCAACUUGUCUUGGAGUUGGCGCCAAGCGGCUCCUUGAGCGAUCUGUGCAAGAAGAUAGCCGAGAAGAGCAAGCCAAAGCUGGAGAGGAUGCUUCUAUUCAACAUUGGAGCACAGGUUGCUAUGGCGCUGUCCUACAUGCACUCGCGUAACAUCAUCUUCCGUGACCUGAAGAGUGCCAACGUACUGCUGUUCUCCAUGGACAUUGAGCAGGCGGUCAAUGUGAAGCUCACCGACUAUGGCAUUGCGUCAACAGUAGCUCCGUCAGGAAUCAAGGGUUUUGAAGGCACGAAGGGAUUCCAGGCACCAGAGAUCCUGCGCUACAACGGCAUGGAAGAGUACACGACCAAAGUGGACAUCUACUCUCUCGCCAUCUUCAUGUACGAGCUGCUGGCGCUCAGCCCACCGUUCACUGAGCUAAAUGAGGCACACAUCACCAAUGCUGUCAUAGCAGGACAACGGCCAAGACUGAUGGAUGUACCUAAUGUGUACUGUGGUUUGCCGGGCUGGAGCGGUGUGAUGUUCCAGUGCUGGCGAGACAGCAUCACCACUCGGCCCAGCGCCGAUGAAGUGGUCGACAGCCUGCUCAGUCCGGACGUGAUCAGCAUGCUGGGCUACUUUGCGGCGCCCACGACCAGGUCGGUGCGCAAGGCCGCGUUUGUGCCGGCCACCGGGGACGUGUGGCUCUUCUGCGACGAUGCGCAUGGCAUUGAUGUUCUGAUCAUCAAGCCAACCACGAUGGAGCUGGUGAAGAGGUUCAGCAUUGACAAAUUGCAGGUCAAGAACGCCCUGGUUGUGAAUAACAACAUGGUGUGGCUGGGCAUCAAGGAUGGCCUGCGGCCGGGACAGAUACUGGUCUACGAUGCCAAGAACGUGGGUCAGGGCUCGACGAAGUUCCGCAUCUCGGGCAUCGAUGAUUGCAUCUUUGCUAUGGCGGUGUGCAAGGACAAUGUGGCUAUCAGCACCAUGGAUGGACGUAUCAGCAUGAUUCCAGCCAGCUGCAAGAAUAAUCUGACCACGCGAAGCUUCAAUGUCGGUGACUUUCCAGUUAGCUCCAUGGUCUGUGUGGGCAAGAACCUGUGGUGUGCAUCCAAGUGGUACAUCUUCAUCUACGACGUGGACACACUGGCGUUCAAGUGCCAGUUCAUGGCCAGCGCCGUGGAGGGCCGCCAGAUCGAGGAGAUGAAGCUGAGCAUGGACGGCAACACGGUCUGGUGCAGCGUGUACGACCACUGGCUGCUCAACGGCUGGAACAGCCACACGCACAGGCAGAGCUGCACCAUUGACAUCACACACGCGCUGGACAGCCAGCCGGGCGCCAGUCACACGCUCGGCGUCAGCAAGACCGUCAUCACCAGCAUGGAGACGUGCCUGGACACGCUGUGGCUCGGUCUGAGUUCCGGAGAGAUACUCGUCUACGAUGAAGAAGGAACAUUCCUGAGUCGCAUGCAGCCGUACAGUGAGUGGGUGCGCUUGCUGACCUACUGUGCCCAGCCAGGGCCCUGUGGUCACGAGGAGGGUGCAAUGUUCUCCGGUGGCAAGGGCUUCAAGUGUCCAGAGCUGGCGAUGGCUGAGGCCAUGGAUAGCGUCCUGAGGCAGUCCAAGCUGCCACAGAGUCCUGCCAGCACGUUGUCGAGCAGCGUCAUGAUCAACGGGCCCAUCAGCUUCGUCACAACGGAAGAAGUGUCGGAGGCGACCGGAGGCAUGGCCGCUCUUUGGGAGACGUUUCCGGCGCGCAAGACGAAGCUCAUGUAUCAGCGAAGUGUUCAUCUGAAAGAGGAGGUAGGCCGCGAGGCAGAGCAGUUCCGCAGUGUGAUCACGGCAUCGGAGAGUGACGAUGACUCGAGCCGUAAUGAGUGGAAUCCGUCCUCUUGGAGAGCGGAGUGGGAGUCACUACAGAGUAAGAUGCCUCGGGAGAAUGAGAAGUCCAGCCAAGGCUCUCUUGAUGGUGAUGGCGUUCAUCCACGGGCCAGUUCAACCAAUGUCCGGCACCUCGCUGAGAAAAAUGAAGAUGAGCCGAAGAUCUUCAAGAGCGCGUCAAAGGUGUGUAACUCAGAAACGGCGACGCCACUGCUGCAGUCCAAUGAUGUUGCUGUUGGUGAUGCUGCCGCUGCUGCUGCUUCUCAGGGUGAAGUAAGUGCAGAAGAUCAAUCCUCUGAAACACAAUCCAAUGUGGCCGGUGCAGGUAGCAAGAGCUCAUCUGUGUACUGCUCCAAUGGUCCGUCCAUCUCCGAUAACGAUGACCAUCAGGACCAGUAGGGCGGCAUCAGGCAAUGUUUACCUAUGGCCGCUGUAAUUUUGACUUGGAGGAGUAGCAUCUGGUCAUUAACCAAGCAGCGGCUACAUGUAUAUAGUACGUAUUGACCUCAUUGACUUGUACCAGUGCAAUGAAUUCACCAUGCAGAACUUGACAUGUACCUUCCCUGAGCCAACAUCCUCCAUUGCCUCUUCUGUAUAAUAACCAACCCCAUUUAACUUACCGCAGAUUGUUAUGCAUAAUUUUCCUUCGGUAUAUUUCAGCCCUGGCCAUGUAUGCAUGACUACCGGCCAGGGGCUCAGAAAACCCGGCAUACUCAAUAGUCUGAUCUAGGUCUGAAAACGACUAGCUACGUUGAUACCGGUAUGUACAGCUUCGGCCCAUAUUAAUACCCAUUAUAGCCUUUCACUCUAGCCAGAACGAAAUGGUCCCUCCAUCUACACGUACAUGUACCGCUUCUUAUGGAAGCAUGAUUUGUCAAUAACGUAAUAGUGCCAAUCCGAUGAUCAUUACAUUUGGGUUUGCCUGGCAUAGCCCAACGGCCAAGUUGAUCUUGCUAACCUUCACUAGUUCCAAGUACCGCCGGAAUGCCACUGCGCAGUGGCAUUCCGGCACUAGAUAUUCUCAUCACUGGUCUCCACAGCUGAUAGAAACAAUUCUGCUUUCUUCACCAAUGCCAUCCUGUCCUUAAAACCACUAGUAUCAAGAGUACAUAA